CAAAAUACAAACGAGACAUUUUUAUUCUUUUUGCGCAAUUUAAAGAUAUUUUUAAAUUAAAUUAUUGACGAUAAAGACAUUUUUAAGCCAAACUAUAAACAAAAGAGAGAAUAAACAAAAGAGAGAAGAGAGUACUGUUGCAAAGCAAGUUAAGUUUAAAUAUAAUUCAAAAGCAUAAGCUAGGCAUUUAAUAAUUAGUGCUUAAAAAUCAAGUAAGGAAUGGAAUUUUCUUUUUGUUUUUCUCUGCUUUUUUCUUUUGGGUUUAAAUAAAUAUAAUAAUAUUACAUUUAUGUUUUUUUCCAGCUAAUAUAAAAAUAGAAAUUCAAGUAAUUUAAUGUCAUUAAUGGAAUUUCGGUUGCAGUCAGAUAUGCUCAUAAAUUAGUAUGUGAUGAAUCUCGUGAACCUUUCAUUUUCAAAAAAUUUCCCUCCUUUCACCUCAAAAUCAAAUCAGUUUUUCGAAAAUCGAAAGAAUAAGAAGCUGAUGAGUUCUCUCCGAUCCCCAAAAUACAUUUAGAUUACCACAUAAGAGAGUGAUUUCAGGUUAUAAAACAGUAAAUCGUAAUGGGAAGUGGCGAUGAUUAUUGCAGUAUCUCCAUUAUCACAGCUAGGGCUUGUACUGAGAUUAGAAAAAGAAGAUCGGAAACUUGUAGCCGGAGUUUUACUACUUGUAUAUCGCCGAGAUGGAUUUUCUCCCGGUGGUUCGAAACAGGGGAGAGAAAUAAGGACGCAGAGAAAGUGAAUCAGCUUCAAUGUGGAAGCACCAGAAAUAAGGGGAAGAAGACGAAGAAGAAGAAGGAGACGGGAUUUGACACCAAAUCAUCUACCGCAUUGGAAGAUCAAGGAGGCGAAAAGAAAGCAGAUUCUAUGAACUUAGGCAUCGGAUUUGGUCUAAUUUAUCUGUUUAACUCUACCAAGAAUGAGCUCAACAAGAUCGUUGAGAUUCGUCGAGAAAUGGAAAUCCUGCUUCAUAAUUCCAAGAUGGAGUUACAAAACCAAAGAAGAAUCAGAAGUAAUCCAUCUGGUGCAUCAAAUUUAAGAACCAAAAUCUCACACUAUGAUUCCGAUUCUGUUGAACAGUUUGCAUACUCAACUGAUAUAGAAGAAGAAUCAGAAAUCACUUGCAGCCAUGAUGAUGAUCACCCUUUAAACUGCAAAUUGAUGAAAGGAAAUGGAAAGAAUUCGGAAAUGAACCAACUUGAAGCAGAGCUUGAAGUCGAAUUAGAACGUUUGCAGUUCCAUUUAGAUUCAGAUAUUAUGUUCAAAUAUCCAACAAAACCAGAUGCAGAGAUUGUGGAUGAAUAUAGCUCAGGGGAAGGAAGCCAGAGCACAAAAUUUGCAGAGGUCUACAACCCUAACUGUGGCGUUCCUGCCGAAGAAUUGAAAAGGAGGCUGCAUGAGCUUCUACAGACAAGGCAAGAAGAAAGGAUCAAAGAACUGGAGUCAGCUUUAGAAUCCACCAUGCAAAAACUUGCAGACAAAGAAAAAGAGGUAUGUUGGUGGAGAGACACUGCUAAGGUCAUUUCUCAACAUGCUCCAAGUCGUCUUUCACUUACUAAGUUGAGUUAAAAACAACACCCCACCAACCUUGAAGGAAACUUUCCAAAGCUUUUUUGGAUAGAAAAAAUUAGGAAAAGGUUGAUUGCCUAGGAAAAGUGAACCUUUUUCCAUGUAUACAGUUUCAUGUAAAAGAAAGGUGAAGGAAAUAAACCACAACUUAUAUA